AUGCAUAAUUAUAGUUCACAGCCACUUCCAGAUACCCCUCUUGCCCGUCUAUCCUUAGCCAAGUUCUCCCAUGUCACCACAUCGUUGAGCCACAGAGGCCCAUUGAACUGGGGUCAUAUCAUAGGGAACAAUGAUCUCACAGCCACUUUCGAGAAGCCCCGGGCCACGAACAGUUUGUCUGGGAAUAGUAUCGUGCUAAGGAUCUUUCGUUUCCACGAUACCAUGGAAGAGCUCGAUCUCUCCUUCUUUGCUAUGGCCGCCACAAAGACCCCAUCUCAGCCUGCCCAGGGUCAAGCAUCGAAGCCAUCAUUCGCCGUCGUCGUGAAGCUACCCUGUCUGGCAGUGAAAUAUCCUCGCGGAAACAUGAUCCGCCGCUUUCAGAUCAAAUUCUCAGCCGAAAAGGACUACUAUGCAGCUCUAGCCAUCCUCAGCGAGAUAAAUUGCCCAUUUUCAGAAGCUAGUCCUGCCCCCAUACACAAACAGACCUCCUCGCAGUGGAACACAGGAUCCUUCAGACCUAGCUCCAUGUCAAGUGAGCCGACAGUACCAAAUACUAUAAUACCUCCCAACAACGGUGUUGGUUUCCCUGUGUAUGCACCAGGCACAUAUGCUCGUCUACCAAUGCCAAGCGUCACGGCAGGUAUUGCUCCCCACAGAUCAUGUCAAUUAGAUAGUUUGUGGUUAAUGAGAGGCUCCAGGCACAUCGAUAACGUCCGCAUCUUCGUCCAGCCUAGGCACCAGCCAUCAGUACCAAGCGACAAGUACACCCAGCAGUCUCGCCAAGUACAUGUAUACAGACAGCAACCGUACGCAGUCCCUCAAUGGCCAAUGCCCACCCUCUGCCCUACAGGUCCACGGCACCUCGGAGGCUGA